AUGGCUUCAGGGAAUCGGUUAUCGCGCGAGGAGAAAGGGAAAGAUAUAGCUACCUCUCCGAGCCCGGCUAGGGAUGCGGACGGGGGUCCGUUGGAGGAUUUCGACAUAAUCCAUCGUGAUGCUCUGCGGGAUACGGAGAACAUGAGCCUUUCCCAGCGUCUUCUGGUCGCUGACGCCCAUAGGCAGUUUCGCGAAGAAAUCGAAGGAAACAUUGAGGACGAGGGUAGAGAGGCGAGUGGUUCUGAAGCGCCUAUUUCUGAAGCGCCUAGCCUUGUUGUGAGACCCAGGAGACGGGCUCAUCGGAGGGGUCGUAUCGACCAGUCAGACCGUCUUCCCGCUCCGAGAAGCGUUCCGUUCGACGAAGUAGACUGCCGUCCUGUGAUAUAUCACCCUGGUGGAAUUUUCGAAGAACUACCUUCGCUGCCUCCCGAAGCGUUACGCGACCCGCGAGUUCAAUCAUGGGGAAACGUUUUCAGUUCCUGUUCUUCCAACGAGACUGUGAAGAGAUUGCUAAGGGAGAAUGGUGGCGCAGGAGUCACCUUCCUCAUUCCGUCAACCGAACAGCGGCCGUGGUCGCCACCGGUUGGUUACCAGUGCGUGUACGAAUCUUACUUCAAGGAUCAGACGAAGCUCUGGUUCCCAAUCCCCAGACUGAUCACGUCUUACGCGUUUCGUCGGGAUAUCGCGAUUUCUCAGCUGCUGAACGGGUCGCUGCGCAUAGCUGUCAUGUUGAUGGUUAUGGCAGCGAAGAUGGAUGUUUCGAUGAGCGUGAGGGUGUUCGAGGAGCUGACUUUCACGAAGGCGGAGCCUAACGGGAUCUUUUCAAUAAAGAUGCGAGCGAGUUACAACGUCUUGACCGGUCAUCCCAACAAGACGCAGGAUUGGCAACGCGCAUACUUCUUCAUUAAGUCCGACGAGCAUGCCUUCGAGGAGCCGCCGGGGGACGAUUAUCGCGUUUUAUGGAAUCAGCAACUUGUUCGUCAUCCCAAUACAAUUGCCUAUCCUGAGAAAUUCUUUGAAACUGCUCAACUGAUCGCGACGCAUAGUCAUCUCAGGUGGCCGGAUCUUAGUCGUGAGUGGAUACGUCGGCAGCAAGCUAGGAUCGCUAGAGUUGAUUGGGAAUCGAGACUUCCUUGUGUACUCGGCCCCCGCAAGUCACGUCUCUCCCUGUUUACUCGGAAACAACAAAAACUCCUUAACCAAGCUAGAAAGAUGGAGGGAGUUCCCGACUUGAGUGCCCUGUUGAAAGGGAAGCUUCAAAUGCUCUCAACAAAGUCGUCUUCUGCCGGUGCCUCAGAAGUCAGGCCUGUCCCCGUAGAUGGAGAUGUGAACUCUGAGCCACCAGCUCAGAGUUCCCCAAAGAAGAAGGCCAAUAAGGCCAAGAAAAGGAGUGUCCCUUCGGAGGAGGCACCAUCUUCUGCUGAUGUCUCUGAAGUCGCGGCUAAGAAGAAGAAGAAAAAGGAGAGCAAGAAAAGGUCUCGUGAGGAGGCUUCUGUUGAGGUUUUGGAGACCUCAACUGCCGCGGGGAAUGAUGAUGCGGAAAGAAACGAUCCAACCAACUCUACUCGGGGAUCGCCUGAGGAACGUCCCAAGAAGAAGUUGAAGAAAAAGACAGCGGAGGAUGAUGGGACUUCAGCUCCCGGGAUUCCUUCUGGAAGUGGGGAACCGGCAACCGAAGCCGGAGAUGGCUCACGGGAUGAAUCUCCGUUAAGUAAGGGAGCCCCUUCUUCUUCUGCGAGGGAGACAGGUGCGGGAAGCGGAGGUUCGCUUCCGCAGAAGAUCCGUGGAGGGACCAAAGAGUUGCCGCCGAUCGACGACUUAUACUUCAAAAAGGAGUACAUUGACGCGGCUAUGGCGGGCAGACGGAGCGACGAGAGCAUGAAUUAUCUCGUUGAGAAGUACGACAGCACCUUGAAGCAGACGAUGGUCCAGCUGGGCGCCUCGGAGAAGCUCGCACGGACCAGGUUGGGCGUGAUCGAGAGGUUACGUGCUGAAAACAAAAAGGCCUGCGACAAAGCGGCCAAAGAGAAAGAGGUCCUCCGAGUCAAAUUUGAGGAGUUGGAAGACAAAUUGAAGUCUGACCGUCUUGCGAAGAAGGACGCUCUACGCGAGAAAACUCGCUUAGAGCGGUUGGUCGCUUCCCUCGAGAAGGAGAAGGCUGAGCUCGAGGGAGAGAGGGACGCUGUCGUCGGGACGCUGGUCAAAGAGAGGCAACGCCUGAGGGACUCUAGGGUUCAGGAGGUCACCCGCGAAAGGAUCAAGGUUCAAACGGCUAUGGCGGACAAGUCUACUCGCUGCGUAGGUAAGAUGAAGGGAUAUCUGGAUCGCCUUAACGCGCUAGAGAAGGCCAAAAAUCUAUACGGGCAGGCUUCAGGAACAAAAAGGUGCCUUGAGAUGAUAAAAGAUAGCGGGGUCGAGAUUCCGCAGAGUAUGAUCAACAUCUUCUCGCAGCAGGAGAAGAUGUAUGAGGCUGAAGUCGCCAAUCUUUACCUCGAGCCAUUCUCUGAGGAUGACUUUGCUCUCUCUCCUCUCAACCUCCCUUCUCGAUUUGUAAGUGAAGAGCUCAUGGGGGUACUCGACCCGUACGGAUCGAAUGUUGGCUUGAUUGGCCAGGAAUCGGCUUCCCAGUUGAUUACUUCCCACGAGGCGACCGAAGAUCCAGUCGACGAGCCGGUGGUAGAUAUUACUUCUGCUCUGUCAGAGCAUAUUGUCGUUCCCGAAGGAACUGUCAUCGAGGAACGUCCUGACGGAAACGAUCCCGAGGAAGCCGGGGACGCGAUUCAAGCAGACACGGGAGAUGUAGCCACCGAAGAUCCGGCCCUGGUUUCUUCAUCUGAGGAGCGAGAAGAGGACGAGGUGGGCGAGGAGGAGAACAGGUCGCUACCGGCACUUAUCGAAGAGACGGUUCCGAUCCCAUCAGUUUCAGACCCUCCUGCUCAAGUUGAAGACCUUGGCGCUCAAGCCGUUGAAGAGGAAACGGUUGAACCGCUUGACCCGAGCAGAGACGACCAAGAUGUCGUCGUUUGA